CAUAAAAGAAGAAGAAGAAGAAGAAGAAGGAGUAAUGAGCUGAAGACUGAAAUAGACGUGGACAAUAAUUUAUAUUUAGUGAAAGUAUAUCUUCAGAACAGCUAUGGAUAUAGCGCUGUAUCUGGUAGCUGCUGCUAUCCUCAUUGUCCUGAUUUUGUUUGCGCUGAAGGUGCGGAGAAAAACACAGGAAGCUGAUGAGGAGCAGCGGAGGGAUGUUAUCCGGGCAGCGGGGCCUCCUCAGCGGGCAGCAGAGGAGCGAGGAGCCGGUAUGCCUCGGAGGAGGAGGAACCUUGCCACGGUGAUGGCUAACAGACGACCACAGAGAGAAGCUGUGGAACAUGAGGAGGAGCGUGUGGAGGAAGAAGAGGUGGAGCAGCAAAACUUCCAGCCGACAGCAAAAGUUGGAGCCAAGAAGCAGAAGAAGUUGGAGGAGAAACAGGCCAAGAAAGCCCAGAGAGAGGUGGAGAUGGAAGAGAGGGAGGAGAGGAAGAGGAUGCAGGAGCUCAGAGAGCAGGAGAGACGCCAGGAGGAGGAGAGAGAACGACUUCUGGAACAGAAACAGGAGGAGGAGGAGCACCGGGCUAAAGAGGAGCAGGAGAGACGGGAGGAGGAGGAGUACUUAAGACUCAAAGCCUCCUUCAUCAUAGAAGACCAGGGAGAGGAGGAGCAGCUCACUGAGGACCAGUCACGCAACCUGCUGCAAGAAUUCAUCCAGUACAUCAAGAGCUCUAAGGUGGUUCUCCUGGAGGACUUGGCUUCUCAUUUUGGGAUGAGGACACAGGAUGCUAUUGACAGACUGCAGGACCUGUUAGCUGAAGGCUCCCUCACAGGAGUGAUUGAUGACAGAGGGAAGUUUAUCUCCAUCACUCCAGAAGAGCUGGACUCAGUGGCUCAUUUCAUCAGACAGAGAGGCAGAGUGUCCAUCACAGAGCUGGCUCAGGCCAGUAACUCUCUGAUCAACCUGAUGCCUGAGAGCCGCAGCACUGCCUGAUGGACACCUUACUGCUGCAGAACACCUGGACACCUGCUGAAGAAUAAUCACAACUCUUAUCUGUGUGAAAGUUUCACUUAACUGCUGGUGAAAAGUACAUACUGGCCUGUUCAUCUGCUGGUGUUUGGUGCCAGUUGAUGUAAUCAUCUGUUGUACUUUAUUGUGACGACAUGGCUCAGUAGCCCUUAUACACCAGUAGGUGUCAGGCUUCAUAUAGAUUAGGACUUGUGUUUGAUUCAUCUAAAAGUUCAAAUUAACAUACAGUUUCUACUGUGUAUGACAUUAAAUUAACAAGCCCUCAUCAACAUGACAAACAGUGACAUUGUUGUGAAACAAAAGUAAAAAAAAUUGGAAAAAAUAAAGUUUGAGAUUAAUA